UCUGAAACUCUCAAGUACAAUGUAACUUUUAGAUGAUUUUGUUUCACAGGAUGGUAAUCAUAGAGGAUGCAGAUAGUUUGUGGGCACAGGAGCGAGAGAAUAUCAUCAUGAACUAUGAGAAGGGACAUCAGCUGGGCUUGCCAGAGGACAUGGGGCCUGGGCCUGUUAGAAUCUACAACAACAUUGAUCGCUUUGGGAUUCUGCAUGAGACAGAGCUGCCUCCUGCCACUGCUCGGGAGGUGAAGCAAAUGCGGCGGGAGAUAACAUUAAAGAGCAAGUGGAUGGAAAUGCUGCGACAAUGGAGACAUAUAAGAACACUGAUAGAUCGAGUAUAUAAGGGCAUUCCUAGGAACUUCAGGGGCCAAGUGUGGUCAGUCCUUAAGAACAUACAGGAAGUCAAGCUGCUUCCUCCUCUUGGCCCUGCCCUACAGGUCAUGAAGGAGAAGGGCAAGAGGUCAUCUGAACACAUCCACCAGAUCGAUGUGGACGUGAGAGAGACACUAAGGACUCACAUCUUCUUCAGGGACUGAGCACGGGAACCAAGUGUUUAUGGGAGCCACAGGCGGAACUAUUCCUACAUCCUCCUGGCAUUCGAGUAUAACCCGGAGGCGGGCUACUGCAGGGACCUGAGCACCAUCGCGGCCUUAUUCCUCCUGUAUCUGCCUGAGGAGGAUGCAUUCUGGGCACUGGUGCAGCUGCUGGCCAGGGAGAGGCACUCCCUGCAGGGAUUCCACAGCCCAAAUGGCGGGACAGUCCAGGGCCUCCAAGACCAUCAGGAGCGUGUGGUCCCCACGUCACAGCCCAAGACCAUGUGGCGUCUGAUCUCUCUUUGGCUCAUCCUGCGCCUGUGGGACGUGUAUUUGCUGGAAGGAGAACAGGUGUUGAUGCCGAUGAUACAGAUUGCCUUUAAAGUUCAGAAAAAGCUGCCAGGACAACCAGCCUUGAGCCAGGAGACAAGGAUCCUGGUGUCCCUGACCCCAGAGCAUUCAGGAGAGGGCACAGGCAGGGGACCCCAGGGGGACAGACAGGCCCCUCCAGGCUCACCAGCCCGGUUCCAGCGGUCCAUUUGGCUAGUUUCCCCACCAUGGGCACCCCUCGUUUCCACAUCCUGUCUUGGUGGGGCUGGGUCCGAAAGACACCUGCCCUGUGUGCGCUUUGGGAGCCAUGGUCUCGUGACCUCUGAAUGUUUCCUGAUAGCCCCCAGGACUGUGGGACAGGCCAUCUCGAGAAGCCCACGGGGACCUCUGGACACCAGGCCCUGCCCAGUGCUCACCAGGACUGAGGAGGCAAGGAGAUAUCCUACUGCAACAGGGCACCCUGUUCACGGAAAAGAGACUUGCACCCAAUUUCUAGAAUGGCACCGUGACUCCCAGGAGGACCCAGCUGGCCACCUGCUGCAGCGGAACACCCUGCGGAGGGACACCCCGGCCACAGCCAGGGACGAGCAGCAGUGCGCUCCCACCUCAGGGCCUUGCCUCUGCCGCCUCUACUUGGAAAAUUCUCAGUUCCCUCCAGCCUUCUAGAAGCAUCUAGGGCAGGGUUCAUGGCUGGAUAACUUCCUGAGGCUUAACAACCCAAGCAAACUUCACGUCCUCAUUUUAUUUUUUUGUUAAACUUACUUAAAAUUGAUUAAGAAAGUGUGCAGCUCCCAAAGACCUUCACAGA